AGUCUGGAUGCCAAGUCUGGGGGUGAUGGAGCUGGGUAGGCAACUGUGUGGGAAGAUGAGGAGGUCGAGGAGGGCCGAGGGCCCUGUCACUGUGCCCAUGAGGGGUCUGGAGAUCCAUUUUUACCUGCCAGAUACUCACCAGCUGGAGUUCCUCAAAGACAGCUUCACUGCCGAGGAACUGUGUGUCGAGGCCGCCAAAAGAUGCUGUAAGUACUUUCUCACCUCCUGCCAAGUGUGUGUGUGUAUUGUAUGGCAUGACUGCAAGUGGGUAUGUGUUGCAUGCCUAACUGCGUCCAUCCGUGUAUGUGUGGGUGUGUGUGCCUGCGUCCUUCCGUGUGUGCAUGCAUGCCAGGGCAUUAAGUAGUGUGUGUUUGUACGAUUGGAUUGGGGGAAGUUUUCAGGAACAUUCGGAAGUUAUACAUCUUCAAUGUGGUCAUUUAGAACUAAUUGGGGAUAAAUGUGGUGACCUAUCCUGAUAGAGCCGGUCUGCCAACAGAGAGGUCCACUGUGCCACUGUGAAUAGGCCCUGUCACAUAUGAUUACUGUUAGCUAGGAGACCAGAAGGAGAGAUAAUAAGUAACUAAGGAAGAAAUUGAUUUUUAAUAGAUGUUUCAUUUCAUUGUGUGUGCUGCUCAUUUACGUCAUACAGUAGGGCCUGGCCUAUACGACAUGGGAUUUGAAAAUAUUACUUAUGAAGCUUUGUUAUAUUUCCUACAUGUGUUUGUCAGUGGAUUUUCUUUUUCUCAAUGCUUAAGAUGUACUGUACAUACAGUAUAUAUUAGAUAAGAAACGCUAAAUCCUAAUAUGAGGAACUCUAGAGUCGUUCAAUGUCAUUUAAGCAAGCCAUGACAACCACCAUCUCAGAUUAUUCUGAAAUUGUUUCUAUAGUUAGAAGUAGAUAAGAUUAAUGCAAGCAACUUCAAUGGCUAAUUUCUCUGAACAGGGGAAACAAAUCACAAGAUUCACAGGGAAUACAUUACAUAGGAUGAAGAAGCAAUACUCCAAGCCGCAGCUCCAUAAUAGCCUACUUGUCCGACAUAGAGAAGUGAUACUCUAUACUGGUUGUUGGGGUGGGAUUGGCAUGGGGGGUCCGUGGGUGGCAUUUGAUCAUUUUAUUGGAUUCCUCAUGUCUUACUCAUUGUUAGGAAUAAUUAUGGUCUAAAUUGGAUGUUAGGUACUAUAUAGGGUUAGACGAUGUCAACCUUUGUCCUAUCGUGAUUAUGUACAGUGAGGGAAAAAAGUAUUUGAUCCCUUGCUGAUUUUGUUCGUUUGCCCACUGACAAAGACAUGAUCAGUCUAUAAUUUGAAUGGUAGGUUUAUUUGAACAGUGAGAGACAGAAUAACAACAAAAAAAUCCAGAAAAACGCAUAUCAAAAAUGUUAUAAAUUGAUUUGCAUUUUAAUGAGGGAAAUAAGUAUUUGACCCCUCUGCAAAACAUGACUUAGUACUUGGUGGCAAAACCCUUGUUGGCAAUCAGAGGUCAGACGUUUCUUGUAGUUGGCCACCAGGUUUGCACACAUCUCAGGAGGGAUUUUGUCCCACCCAAGUCAUUAAGGUUUCGAGGCUGACGUUUGGCAACUCAAACUUUCAGCUCCCUCCACAGACUUUCUAUGGGAUUAAGGUCUGGAGACUGGCUAGGCCACUCCAGGACCUUAUUGUGCUUCUUCUUGAGCCACUCCUUUGUUGCCUUGGCCGUGUGUUUUGGGUCAUUGUCAUGCUGGAAUACCCAUCCACGACCCAUUUUCAAUGCCCUGGCUGAGGGAAGGAGGUUCUCACCCAGUAUUUGAUGGUACAUGGCCCCAUCCAUCGUCCCAUUGAUGCGGUGAAGUUGUCUUGUCCCCUUUGCAGAAAAACACCCCAAAGCAUAAUGUUUCCACCUCCAUGUUUGACGGUGGGGAUGGUGUUCUUGGGGUCAUAGGCAGCAUUCCUCCUCCUCCAAACACGGCGAGUUGAGUUGAUGCCAAAUAGCUCGAUUUUGGUCUCAUCUGACCACAACACUUUCACCCAGUUCUCCUCUGAAUCAUUCAGAUGUUCAUUGGCAAACUUCAGACGGGCCUGUAUAUGUGGUUUCUGGAGCAGGGGGACCUUGCGGGCACUGCAGGAUUUCAGUCCUUCACGGCGUAGUGUGUUACCAAUUGUUUUCUUGGUGACUAUGGUCACAGCUGCCUUGAGAUCAUUGACAAGAUCCUCCCGUGUAGUUCUGGGCAGAUUCCUCACCGUUUUCAUGAUCAUUGCAACUCCACAAGGUGAGAUCUUGCAUGGAGCCCCAGGCCGAGGGAGAUUGACAGUUAUUUUGUGUUUCUUCCAUUUGCGAAUAAUCGCACCAACUGUUGUCACCUUCUCACCAAGCUGCUUGGCGAUGGUCUUGUAGCCUAUUCCAGCCUUGUGUAGGUCUACAAUCUUGUCCCUGACAUCCUAGGAGAACUCUUUGGUCUUGGCCAUGGUGGAGUGUUUGGAAUCUGAUUGAUUGCUUCUGUGGACAGGUGUCUUUAAUACAAGCAACAAACUGAGAUUAGGAGCACUCCCUUUAAGAGUGUGCUCCUAAUCUCAGCUCGUUACCUGUAUAAAAGACACCUGGGAGCAAGAAAUCUUUCUGAUUGAGAGGGGGUCAAAUACUUAUUUCCCUCAUUAAAAUGCAAAUCAAUUUAUAACAUUUUUGACAUACGUUUUUCUGGAUUUUGUUGUUGUUAUUCUGUCUGUCACUGUUCAAAUAAACCUACCAUUAAAAUUAUAGACUGAUCAUUUCUUUGUCAGUGGGCAAACGUACAAAAUCAGCAGGGGAUCAAAUACUUUUUUUCCCUCACUGUACCCAUAAAAUAUUGUGAUAUACGAUGCUAUCACCCCAAUUGGCCACUCCGCCAAAACAUUUCUUUCUUAAUAAGCUUAAACGUGAUUAAACUUAUCAUUCAAUUUUUCUAUAGGAUAUUGAUAUUAUUUGUUCUCUCUCAUUAUUAGUCCUCUGGCUACCUUACAUUUUUAGGCUAUUCAAAUACGUUUUUGAGAUGGCGAAAACAUGUAUAAAACGAUGACGCGUAGCUUUCAGUCAUAUUCAUAGUCUAUCGAAUGGAGCUAGAAGGGUAUAUAGGCAACUUUUUUUAAACAGCUAGACACAAGAUAGUUCAGGAGUGUCUGUUUAUAAAACAUUUUUAGGCUAUAGCCUAAUGCCCAUGCGUCCGACAGAGAGAGAGACUGGACAUUUUGGACUGCUUUGGUGGAAUUCUCCGCUUUGUCUGGCCUAUAUUCCUCUUGUUUUAUGUAGGCUAUAUAACAUAUUUAUUGAAAUGGGCUAUAGCAAAUAGGAAUAGGCUAUUUACUCGGAAUGCCACUUGUGUCACCUUGCUGCUGCUCUGCUGUUUUACUGUGUGGCGCCAGUCAAGUUCAAAGAGGCUAAACCAUCAUCUGUCACAUCGUGAUGUCGUCACCAUCGACGAUGGCUGUCAAUCAUUGUCGAUAGACGAUGUUAUCGCAAUAUCGCCCACCCUAGUACUAUAUUUAUUUAAAAUUGGGCUAUAUGAAUCCUAUUAAUGGAAGUGGCCAAUGUGGGUGCAAUCAAUUCGCUUAAAUUAUCAGCGAUGAAAUUAUAUUUCAACAAAAUAAUGUUUCAGGAAUGCUCAUUUUAUUUGUUUCUAAUUACAGAAACAAUUUCAUGAUUUUGUGUGGUAAUCCUCGUUUUUUGGAGUGGGUGGAACAACACUACUGAUGCCAAAUGGCUUUGUUUUGACCGUAUUAACAGACUACUACAGUAACUGAAUUUAUGCUUCCCCCACUGACUUCCACAUGUACUCUACCUGAUUUGAUAAACAUUACAUAAUACUUACAGUAAAUACUGUAUACUCCUCCCAUGCCAGAUAGCAGGCACACAAUACAGACAAAGCAGAUGUAGCCUAGCUACUAGGCUAUCCCGCAUGAGAAAAGCCACUAACAUCCAGCAUCUGUUUUCUUACAGCUGCUAAAAAUGCUGGUUUGGUAGUCUUCAUCUUUGGCAGACAUUGUAGGCCUGUAUUUAUACUUUUGAUCUGAUACUGGCUCUAAAAGUCCACAACAUCUAUCAGUGUGACCGGGGAAAGAAAGGGAAAGUAAAAGAGGGUCAGUCAGUCUGGCUGUUCCUUUCAGCCACACACUGACUCCAAUACAAGAUGGUGGCUGGUUAGAGUCGGUUCAGGGCGGGAUGGAUGGAAUUUCGUCCUUGUGUGAAGCCAAAACGUUUCUUCCCAGUACUGCAGAUCGAGCAGAGAAACUAUUCUCCAGGCGGUACCGGUGCAUCAAGGCUCAGACAACAAACUCCUAAACAGCUUCAAUUCCCUGGCCAUAAGACUGUUAAAUGACACUGCAGUUAAUUGAUUAUUGAUUCCCAUUCGUAUUUAUCUAUUUAUCCAGCUACUGGUCACUAUUACUGCUCUUUAUACAGUUGAAGUCAGAAGUUUACAUACACUUAGGUUGGAGUCAUUAAAACUCGUUUUUCAACCACUCCACAUAUUUCUUGUUAACGAACUAUAGAUUUGGCAAGUCGGUUAGGACUUACUUUGUGCACGACACAAGUAAUUUUUCCAAAAAUUGUUUACAGACAGAUUAUUUCACUUAUAAUUCACUGCAUCACAAUUCAAGUGGGUCAGAAGUUUACAUACACUAAGUUGACUGUGCCUUUAAACAGCUUGGAAAAUUCCAGAACAUGAUGUCAUGGCUUUAGAAGCUUCUGAUAGGCUAAUUGACAUCAUUUGAGUCAAUUGGAGGUGUACCUGUGGAUGUAUUUCAAGGCCUACCUUCAAACUCAGUGCCUCUUUGCUUGACAUCAUGGGAAAAUCAAAAGAAAUCAGCCAAGACCUCAGAAAAAACACUGUAGACCUCCAUAAGUCUGGUUCAUCCUUGGGAGCAAUUUCCAAACGCCUGAAGGUACCACGUUCAUCUGUACAAACAAUAGUAUGCAAGUAUAAACACCAUGGGACCACGCAGCCGUCAUACUGCUCAGGAAGGAGACGUGUUCUGUCUCCUAGAAAUUAACGUACUUUGGUGCGAAAAGUGCAAAUCAAUCCCAGAACAACAGCAAAGGACAUUGUAAAGAUGCUGGAGGAAACAGGUACAAAAUGAUCUAUUUCCACAGUAAAAGUCCUAUAUCGACAUAACCUGAAAGGCCGCUCAGCAAGGAAGAAGCCACUGCUCCAAAACCACCAUAAAAAAGCCAAACUACGGUUCGUAACUGCACAUGGUGACAAAGAUUGUACUUUUUGGAGAAAUGUCCUCUGGUCUGAUGAAACAAAAAUAGAACUGUUUGGCGAUAAUGACCAUUGUUAUGUUUGGAGGAAAAAGGGGGUUGUUGCAAGCUGAAGAACACCAUCCCAACCGUGAAGCACGGGGGUGGCAGCAUCAUGCUGUGGGGGAGGACUGCUUUGCUGCAGGAGGGACUGGUGCACUUCACAAAAUAGAUGGCAUCAUGAGGAAGGAAAAUUAUGUGGAUAUAUUGAAGCAACAUCUCAAGACAUCAGUCAGGAAGUUAAAGCUUGGUCGCAAAUGGGUAUUCCAAAUGGACAAUGACCCCAAGCAUACUUCCAAAGUUGUGAAAAGCGUGUGCGAGCAAGGAGGCCUACAAACCUGACUCAGUUACACCAGCUCUGUCAGGAGGAAUGGGCCAAAAUUCACCCAAGUUAUUGUGGGAAGCUUGUGGAAGGCUACCUGAAACGUUUGACCCAAGUUAAACCAUUUAAAGGCAAUGCUACCAAAUACUAAUUGAGUGUAUGUAAACUUCUGACCCACUGGGAAUGUGAUGAAAGAAAUUAAAGCUGAAAUAAAUAAUUAUCUCUACUACUGUUCUGACGUUUCACUUUCUUAAAAUAAAGUGGUGAUCCUAACUGACCUAAGACAGGGAAUCUUUACUAGGAUUAAAUGUCAGGAAUUGUGAAACUGAGUUUAAAUGUAUUUGGCAAAGGUGUAUGUACAUUUCCGACUUCAACUGUAUGUAUACAGUACCAGUCAAACGUUUGAACACCUACUCAUUCCAGGGUUUUUCUUUAUUUUUGCUAUUUUCUACAUUGUAGAAUAAUAGUGAAGACAUCAAAACUAUGAACUAGCACAUGUAGUAUCCAAAAAAGUUCAACAAAUCAAAAUAUAUUUGAGAUUCUUCAAAGUAGCCACCCUUUGCCUUGAUGACAGCUAUGCACACUCUGUUUGCAAAUGUAUUGGACAUUUAAAUACAGGAAUAUCUCAAGUAUUCACACCCCUUUUCUAUGACACUCCAAAUUGAGCUCAGGUGCAUCCAAUUUCCUUUGAAAUUUGAUUGGAGUCCACCUGUGGCUAAUUCAAUUGUUUGGACAUGAUUUAGAAAGAAACACACCUGUCUAAAUAAGGUCCUACAGUUGUCAGAGCAGAAACUAUACCAUGAAGUCCAAGGAACUGUCCGUAGGUUUCCAAUAUAGAAUUGUGAUGAGGCAUAUAUCUGGGGAAGGGUAUAAAAACAUUUCUAGAGUGUUGAAAGUUUCCAAGAGCACAGUGCUCUCCAUCAUUGGGAAAUUGAAAAAAUAUGGAACUACCCAGACUCUGCUUAGAGCUGGCCUUCCGACUAAACUGAGCAACCGUGCAAGAAGGACCUUGGUCAGAGAGGUGACCAAGAACCCAAUGACCACUCUGACAGAACUACAGGGUUCCAUGGCUGAGAUGGGAGAACCCGCCAGAAGGACAACAGUCUCUAUAGCUCUUCACCAAUCUGGGUUUUUUGGGAGAGUGGCCCGACGGAAGCCACUCCUGACAAAAAGGCACAUGACCGCACGCCUGGAGUUUGCAAAAAGGCACAUGUAAGACUCUGAGAGCAAUAGCCAAAAGAUUUUGUGGUCUGAUGAGAAAAACAUUGAACUCUUUGGCCUGAAUGCAAAGCGCUAUGUCUGGAGAAAACCAGGCACAGCUCAUCACCCGUCUAACACCAUCCCUACCGUGAAGCAUGGUGGAGGCAGCAUCAUGUAUGGGGAUGCUUUUCAGUGGCAGGGAGACUGGUAAGGAUAGAAGGAACAAUAAAUGGAGCCAAAUACAGGCAAAUCUUUGACGAGAACCUGCAGAAUGCAAAUUACCUUAGACUGGGGCAAAGAUUUUAAGUUCCAAAAGAAUAAUGACCCCAAGCAUACAGCCAAAGCAAUGCUGGAAGAACAAGAAUGUGAAAAUCCUUGAGAGGCCCAGCCAAAACCCAGACUUGAAUCCCAAUUAAAAUCUGUGGAAAGACUUGAAGAUUGCUGUUCACCGCCGCUCCCCAUCUAACUUAACAGAGUUUGAGAAAAUCUGCAAGGAGGAAUGAGAGAGAAUCCACAAAUCCAGAUGUGCAAAGCUGAUAUACCCAAGACGACUCAAAGCUAUAAUCGCCGCCAAAGGUGCUUCUACAAAGUAUUGAGUCAGGGGUGUGAAUACUUAUGUGAAUGAGAGAUUUCUGUAUUUCAUCAUCAAUAAAUUAGCAAACAUUUCUAAAAACAUGUUUUUGCUUUGUCAUUAUGGGAUAUUGUGUGGAGAUGGGUGAGGGGAAAACAAAUCUAAUCCAUUUUGAAUUCAUGUCUAACACAACAAAAUGUAUAGUAAGUUAAGAAGGCACUGUAUAUCCUACCAGUCACUUUUUAUGUAGAAACCUACCUCAACCACUCCAGAACCCCUGCACAUUGAAUAAGGUACUGGCAUUGACCUGUAUAUACUCGCAUUGUCAUGUUUCUUCAACCUAUAUCAUACUUCUUGUGUGUAUUGAUUUGUGUAUUUAAUUUUUUUAUUCCAUUUUCUAUUGUUGUUGUUAUUGUUAUUAUUACUACUGUCACUGCAAUGUUGGGAUAGAGCUUUCAAUGUAAGAAUUUCACUGUACUGUUUUACACCUGUUGUAUCCUGUGCACAUGGCGAAUAAACCUUGAAACGUGUACUCUGUACUUUCUGUUAUACAAUGUCACAUGUAUGAACUCUGCUACUGAUCAUUCAGUGUCUGUUAUGCUUCCUGAUUGUUCAAACCUUUACCUACAUGUAAGUUGCUCUCUGGGUAAAAGUGAAUGAAUGGAUGAAUAAUGUUGUAAUUUAAUAUAUCCCCCUUUCUUCCUUCCUCUCUCUCCCAGAUAUCUCCCCCCUGUGCCAUAAUCUGUUUGGUCUGUAUGAUGAGAGCAGGACUCUGUGGUACGCUCCCAACCACAUCUUCAAGAUCACGGACGAGACCUGCAUCAAGCUGCAUUACCGCAUGAGGUACAUAGACAGGCCUACUGCUGUGUGUGUGUGAGUUUGAGAGUGUGUGUGUGUGUACGUUUGCUUGCGUCCGUGUGUGUAACUGUGAGUGUGUGUGUGUUAUCAGAUUAUCAUAAUCAUUUUAAUAGAUCAGGAAUAUCUCAUUGACGUCAUUCAUUAGAUUCUCAGUACACCUCCCAUUUGCGUGUUAGUAACUCAUUUACUCCACCACUCUGUUACCAACCUGCUGUUGUUGCCACUCUGCACUCUCAGCAUCACCUGUGACAGCAGUAUAAACUGUUCAACAGUACUGUUAUUCAACCAUCAUUCACUAACCAUGAUUCAGUGUAACAAGAAGGUUGUCAUGAAGCUAGGUUGUAUGGCACAUUGAAACCAUGCUGUGCAGUUUAGUACAGAGUAGAAUGGCACUUGCUGAGCUGGUAAAGUAGUCCACAUCAGAUAAAAUUAGAAUACAGUAGUAUGUAAUUAAGUAGGAUUUACUUGUGAACUUCUUUUACAAUUCACAUGAAACAUUGAUUCAAGGCAGGACCAAAUCCAAUACUUCAAGUAUCAAGUAAAUGUGUUUGUUUACUGCACUUGAGCAUAAUGUAAUGGGAGAUAUUCAGUUGCCAUGGCAGUUCAUUUGGAUAUGAUCCAAGGUAAACGUUUAACUCCGAGAGGAAGGAGAGCAAACGUGGUGUCACGCACACUUCCUCUUUCUGCUCUCUCUUUCACUAGAUAACAGAGCAGGGGUGUCAAACUCAUUUUGCCCCGGGGGCCGCAUUGUCUUCAACGAGGUCCAGGGGCCGCACUGAAAAUGUGUCAAAAUUGGUCAGAAUUUGCUAAAAGUAGUGCUCCAUCCAUCGUUUUUGAAAUGUUCGAUGCUCCCUGUCUGUCUAGUGAUUAUUAGGGAGCUGGACUGUCAAGACCCCCGGGGCGUAUGUUUGACACCCCUGCAAUAGAGCGAGAGGAGGAGGGUGAAUGUGGUGAGAGCCUAAUAGAGUUGGCCCAGUGUUGAGUUGAAUUUGCAUCAUACAGCCAGGGUACACAUUGUCGACGAACAGAUAACCAAACGCACGUCAGCCCAUUUUAAAUGAAAAAGGGAGAAUCAGGUGCUCGACUGAGGGACUGGAAAAUAGCAAAAACAUUCCUUACCCCAGGAUACUUCAACUGGUGACUAUCCGGGAGAAUAAAGAAAAAGGAGCAUUCUGUUUCUGCAUAAAUCUGAGAGAUUUAUUGACGGGACAAACAAACAAUAGUCUUACGUUUCGGCACGAAUCGCCUUCAUCAGAGCCUUGAGUAGGAAAAAUGUGUGAGGCACCUAUAUACCCUCGAAGGGGAGUGUCCCGCUCAUCAUGUUAAUCAAACAUGUCAAUAAUGUAAACUAGACAGGUUAUUCAAAGAGUAUGAUCAUCAUUCAAGAUUCCUACACAUACAUUGCAUUUGAAUAACAAAAGAUAGAGAAAUAAACAAAGAAAAACAUAUUUUCAAAAAAGAUGAGAAAAAGAGCUGUUCAUUCAGACCCUUUGGCUCGACACGAUCUAAGCAGUCGAUCCGAAGUGCCUUUCUCUAACAAUUUCCUCGUAAUAUUGCCCCCUCUGGAGGAAAGAGAAACGUUCUCAAUUCCGCAGGAUUUCUAGGUUGAGGCUGAGCCAUGAUUGGCAUUCAUGUAGUGCUGCGCGAUUGCAUAUUCCAUAUUUUUGGUGAGGAUAGCUGUUUUGUGUUCCGCUAUUCUUAAUUUGAGCGCCUGUUUCGUCUGACUGACGUCAACAAGCCCACAUGGGCAUUUGAGCAUUAUACAACAUUUGUUGUACUACAAUUUAUGAAGUAUUUGAUCCUGUAUUCUUUACCAGAGCGUGGGUGCUAGAGUACUUUUGUGUCACUUGAAUUGGAAUAAUGAGUACAAUGACUGCAGCGGUAGAAACCAUUGGGGGGACCUGGGAGCCAGGUAGAGGGUGCAGGAUUCGGGAGCACACUGUGCACGACGGUUGGAAAUCCCGUUCAUCAUGCGCACCAUGUCCUUUCCUACCGCUCCGCUAAAAACCGCUCCAUGCUUACAGGGGGGAAAAAAAACUCCCGCUCCAAAUUCGCUCCGUUCAUUAGAAGCACAAUUGAACCAACACCCAUCUAUUUCUGUGACUACCUGGACCUACCAAUUUGGUUUUUAAUUAUUGAAACCGAACCAUAUGGAUUUUAAUGAAAAUUAUUUGAAUAAACAUGAACAGGCGAAUGUCAGAAGCGAACAUCAAUUCAAAUAGGCUACAUGUCAUAUUAAACAGUAUAUAAACAUUCUAAAUAGGUCAGGAGCCAGACAGGGAGCCUAAGAAGGAACGAAAAUGAAUGAUUUAGGCUAUAUUAUUUCAACUAUUUCAAGGCUAUAGCCUACAAAGAAAUACAUUGUGAAGCAUUUGCGAGUGCGACACAAUAGUCUGGUAGGGACAUAAAGAGUUCAGUAUUUUAAACAACAUUAAAUAGUUAUAGUCUAUAAAUUGCGCAUACAGGCUAUGACUGACUUAGAAUUAAAUACAUGGUAUAUAUAACUUAAAAACAACAACUUCAGAUUGUUUUCUUUGUUUUAAUACGAUCAACAUACAACAUAAAGCUAGAGCCUGAGGACAGUGUGUCCAAAAUAGUACAAGCACAACAUCCCUAUUAAUCAUAAAACAUGUCAAGUUUAUUUGAAAAUUCUAAAGAAAAAGAACACACAAACACACAAUGCCUCAGUGAUUAACAUAACUGUUUCACAGAUCACAGAACUAUAUCAGGGUGUCAUUUCUCAGGCAGAAAUGUAGAUAAAAAUAAUGAAAUCCUGUUCCCCAAACACGUGCAAGAACCACAGAGUCAAGAAUAGGUUAAAUAUACAAAUAAAAUAAAAUCAAUUAAAAACAAUAGCACAUCAACAUAAAAACAUAUAAACAUAAAGCUGGAGCCUGAGGACAGUGUCCAAAAGCACAACAUCACUAUUAAUCAUAAAACACCUCAAGUUAUUUGAAAGUUCUGAGGACAAAGAACACACAAACACACAAUGCCUCAGUGAUUCACAGAAGUAUAUCACAUAUCACAGAACUAUAUCAGGGUGUCAUUUCUCAGGCAGAAAUGUAGAUAAAAAUAAUGAAAUCCUGUUCCCCAAACAAGUGCAAGAACCACAGAGUCAAGAAUAGGUUAAAUAUACAAAUAAAAUAAAAUCAAUUAAAAACAAUAGCACAUCAACAUAAAAACAUAUAAACAUAAAUCUGAAAGCGUUGCUCAAACUCCCGUAACAGUCCCGUUAUUUUAUCUUUGAACCGCUUCAUGUCUGCCACAUGUUGGGUCGCGCACACAUUUUUCAGACAGGGGAAGUGAGCUGCAUCACCACCGGCAAGUUGCGUCUCCCACAAUGACAGCUUCAACUUGAAAGAACGUAUGCUGUCAUAAUACUGCGUGACAACUUUGUUGCGCCCUUGCAGCUGUUUGUUCAAGUUAUUCAGGUGCUCUGUAACAUCCACCAUAAAUGCAAGGUCCUGCAUCCAUUCUGCGGAAUGAAAUUCUAACACUGGUUUGCCCUUUUCUUCCAUGAACUGUUCAAUUUCUUCUCGUAAAUCAAAGAAACGCCUCAGCACAGCACCUCGGCUUAACCAUCUUACCUCAGUGUGGUAUGGCAGGCCAUAGAUGUGGUCUUUCUCUCUGAGAAGGCUGUCAAACUGACGGUGAUUCAGGCUUCUGGAUCGGAUGAAAUUAACAGUUUGGAUGACCACCUUCAUGACGUUAUCCAUCUUUAAUGACUUGCAACACAAAGCCUCCUGGUGCAAAAUACAGUGAAAAGUCAAAAAAUCACGUCCUCCAUUUGCAGAUUGCACUUUCUCUCUGAACUUUGUCACAACGCCUGCUUUUUUCCCGAUCAUUGAGGGCGCACCAUCUGUAGCCAGGCUGACAGCGCGGGACCAGUCCACUCCGACCCUGUCCAGCGCGCCGACGAGUGCGGUAAAAAUAUCAGCUGCUGUCGUUGUAUCUGUCAUCGGCACCAACUCCACGAACUCCUCGGUGACGGUCAAUGUGUCAUCAACUCCGCGGAUGAAAAUGGCCAGUUGUGCAACAUCUGUAAUGUCCGUGCUUUCAUCAGUUGCAACCGAAAACGCAAUAAAUGACUUUACUUUUUGCUUCAACUGGCUGUCCAAAUCCACUGAAAGAUCGGAAAUCCUGUCUGCAACUGUGUUUCUUGUCAGGCUGAUAUUUGCAAAAGCAUGCCGCUUUUCAGGGCACACAAUCUCCGCUGCCUUCAUCAUGCAUGUUUUUACAAAUUCACCCUCACUAAAUGGUUUUGAAGCCACUGCGAUUUCAUUAGCAAUGAGGUAGCUAGCUUUCACUGCAGCGUCACUGAUGUCUCUGCUGUGAGUAAACACAGACUGCUGUUUCUUCAGACCCGCCAACAGUUCAUUCACCUUCUCUCAUCUCCGCUGUCCUUAGCAGCACACAAGUUGACUACAAAUGCAUGCUGGGGCGGGCAUGCCCUGAGCUCGUGAAGUGAGCGCUACUUGGAGCAGUACUGGAGAGAAAUUGGAGCGAGCGAGAAGGCCGACGCUCCAGCCUUUGGAAAUCACGCUCCAGUCAAAUUGAUCACGCUCAGCUCCUUGCUCCGCUCCAGGUCCGCACCGCUCACAUACUCUGCUCCUAAAGCAUAUCAGGGGAGGCUUUAGACGCCAAGUCUUUGAGCGAGGGGUCACUCUGGAGAAUGUUUGCUUUUUAUCUGCCCUGCAGACAGGUUGUAUUCAGUGAAAAAACAAAGGGGGGCUCUAUCAGUCUGUUGCACUCGCUUAUGAGACCUGUUGAGGAGACUGUAGCUGUGUUCGAGGAACCACCUUUUCAUUAUUUUAGCUUUAGUCUCAAUCUUUUGAUUUGCUGCAGUUUCGCCUUAGUUAGUAAUAUUGCAUUUUAGAGGGUUAAGAUUACCAUCGCACCUUAGGGCCGUGUUCCUAGAUUAUGGCCAACCUUUGUACACAAAUACAAACAAUCCGCACACUUACGGUAAAUGCGUGAAUGCACGCACUCAGACACACACAUGCACCUCACCAACCUACCGACCAUGUGUUGGUAUUAACAGUCUCCUGGCUCUCCUCUCUCAUCCACCAGGUUUUACUUCACUAACUGGCAUGGGACCAGUGAGAGUGAGUCUCCAGUGUGGAGACAUUGUAUCAGUAAACUUAGGGGAGGACUCAGCCCACAGAAGGUCCCAGAGGGUACACCCCUGCUGGACUCUGCCUCCCUUGACUACCUGUUCUCCCAGGUAUGUACCUGUGUGUGUGUGUGUGUGUGUGUGUGUGUGUGUGUGCACUACAUGUAUGAUUCACUACUCUUCCUAAUUUCGUUGGAACAUUAGUCACAACAUCAGGAAUGUGACUAUUUGUGUACACAUGUCCCUUCCUGUAUGGUUCUUUAUGUGUAUAUUGUGUGUGUGUGUUUCCAGGGCCAGAAUGAUUUCCAGAAGGGUCUGGCUGUGGUGCGUAGCCCCCAGAGUGAGGAGGAGCAACAUGAGAUAGAGAAUGAGUGUCUGGGAAUGGCUGUACUGGCCAUCACUCACUACGCUAUGACCAGAGAAAUACCCCUCUCUACUGCUUCCAAUGAGAUCAGGUAUAGAUGACACACACACACACACACAGACACACAGACACACAGACACACACACACACAGAGACCAUGUUCCCUCAAAAAAAUGUAGGCAGUGAGCAAAUCUGAGGUCUGCCGAGUGCAAAACGGAACAUUGUGUAAAUUCUGUACUUCCAGGGUGUGGUUAUUGUGAAGACUGAGGCCGUACCCGCUUUAAGUUGCGGUUUCAGACAGUGGUCAAGUAGGCUGCUGUGGCUAUUUGGCCUACCAUCAAAAACAAUGGAGAAAAUGCAUCCCAUAACAUUUUAACAUGGAAAUAGCUGUUCUAUCAUUCAGCCUACAGUAUCAGCCAAUGUGUGGUGUUCAAUGUAGGCCUACAUUCCAUGAGACUUUUGAAAAAAACAUGCAGGACUUGACAUUAACCUGUUUAUCAACUUGUCCUUCAGACAAGGAGGUAUCAAUUCAAUAGAUGCGUUCUGCCUGCUCCAAUGCGUUCUGCCUACAACAAAAUCUCUCGCAUAGUUAGUUUUGCAUACUAAUUCUUGCAUAGUUCGUUUUGUUUCGGUGUGUUGCAUUGAAAGUAGUUAAUAUUGCGUUGAUUCGAUCACAAUUCCCACAGUAAAGGGAAAUGUUGAUAGUGUUAAUUAACGAAGGGGGAAAACUCUAGAAAGUUGAAAUCAAUCUCGUGCUUCUCUGCGCGGGCUGAUAUUUAUUCUGCGUGGCAGUCCCAGGGGGACCUGCGUAGCUUAGAGGGAACAUUGCACGCAGAUAUACUGUAUAAUCAGUCCACACAUACCCGUUCACAAAUGGAAAGGAAGGACGAUGUCUCUAAUUCCUCCACUGACUCAUCUAUCCUCCUCCAUUUACCAAUCCCUUUCUCCUCCAUCUCUCCUCCCUCUCUCUCCAGCUACAAGCGUUUUAUCCCAGAGACCCUGAACAGGAGCAUUAAACAGCGCAACAUCCUCACCCGGCUCCGCAUCAACAACGUCUUCAGGAACUUCCUGAAUGAGUUCAACAGUCGCACGAUGCAGGACAGCAACAUCACGCUGUACGACCUGAAGAUCAAGUACCUGUCCACCCUGGAAGGCCUCACCCGGGGCCUGGGGAGGGAGGUGUUGGAGCCCAGGUCCCUGCUACUUACCCAGGAGGGAGAGACAAACGGGGGGCUGAGCAAUGGACCUGAGCCCUCCCUUGCCAUAGAGGUCCAGGUUACGGGGACCACAGGGAUCUCCUACAGGAGGAAGCCCCUUAAUGUGAGUGGGGAGGUGGGGAGGUUGAAGGAGUUGGUGUGAGAUUUCUGGGUGAGAUAUAUCUGGAUAGGGAGUGAUUUUGGAAGGUAUUGAUUGAAGUAUCUGAAUGUAUUUUGAAACGAAUCUAUGAGAAAUCUUAUGACAAUGUAUUUUUGCUUUCAUUGGCAAUAGAAUACCCUGAUCCUGAAAGAGAAGACACCGUCCAAGAAGAACAAGCUUGAGGGCAAACAGAAGAAGAACAAGAAGAAAGACGCCAGCGACGGCUGGGUGACCUUCUGUGACUUUCACGAGAUCACACACAUCGUUAUCAAAGAGUCCUUUGUCACCAUCUUCAGACAGGAUAACAAGAAGAUGGUAAGAUAAGCGCAUUUACGCACACACGAACACACACACACUCCCAAUACUGCUUGAGCUGAAAUUAUGCCGAUUUAAGCAGUGACAGUAGCAUAUGUAGUGUUUUAAUUCAUUAAUUGGUCUCAGGUUGUCUCUUCUGUAGUGUCUCCGCUCCAGCCAGCUAGUUCAGAUGUCACCGGGCCUAACAGCCAGCUAACCUAGCCCAGGAACAAAUAAUCUGAGUAGUAGUCUGUGUUAACCAUUAGACAGUCCUCUGUCCAGAAUGGAGCUAUGUACAGGAAGAGACUUGUACAGUACCUGAGUGGGUACAGUACUUACAGUGUGUUGCCCUAAUUCUGUGGGACUGAAAUGAUCACUGUGACUGCAUGCCACGGUUUGUAAGUGUGCCACUGGGUGCAUCAAACCAAGCUACCUGAACCUCUAAGAACAAGAACCUUGAAGAUGUGCAGACUAUAACACUAAGGAAAGGAGAUGAGGAAAGGAAUCUACAAGAAAGGAAAGGAAGCUAGUGGAGUGUUUUGGAACACAGACUAAGGCGCCAGCUAAUUGGGAGCAGGUUGGCAAUUAUUGGGAUGAAUCAGCUCUGCAGGGUGGUCACUAGCUGGCCUAGCCACAAAGUCAUAGAAAUCUGAUUUUAAAGCUAACCUGAACACUAACCGUAACUACACUGCUAACCUUAUGCCUAACACUAACCUUAAAUGAAGACAAAAAAGCUCUUUUUUAUUAGCAUUCAUUUUUUUUACGAUAUAGCCAAUUCUGACUUUGCUGCUGGCCCAUCUAGCGAAAACCGCUGAGCUCUGCCUCCAGGACAAGAUUCAUCCCAAUAAAUGUCAACCUGCUAAUGGGGAUCCAAAUAAAGAAUAAUGAAUGAAGUAUUGAUUUAUAAAGUAUUUAUUACUAUUGUUUAACUCUCCUAUUGUCCUCCAGGAGGUGCAGCUGGAGUUUAGAGGCGAGGCGUUGGCGUUCGCUGCCCUGGUGGACGGGUACUUCCGUCUGACGGUCGACGCCCACCACUACCUGUGUACAGAGGUGGCCCCUUCCUCUGUGGUGCAGAACCUACAGAACUGCUGCCAUGGACCUAUCAGGUCAGUACUCAGACACACACACACUCUUGUCUCUCUCUCUGUCCAUCUGUCUGGCUUUUGUUCUCUUUCCCUCCUUCCAUCUUUAUCUCCCCCCCCCCCAAUCUCUCUAGUCUCCUAACCUCUCUUCUCAUCCUUCUACCUUUCCCUAUCGGUUUCAUUUGUCUAAAUCUACCAUUUGAGUGUUGGUGUUUUUGACUGUUGGCGCCUACAGUACUGAGUAUGCCAUCCAGAAGCUUCGUCAAGAGGGCAACGAGGAGGGAACCUACGUCCUGCGCUGGUCCUGUACUGACUACGAUAACAUCAUCAUGACCGUGGUCUGCAGCGAGGUAACACACACAUACUUACCUGGCAUGGGAGACACCUUGAUUACGAAAGAGGUUCACCCAUUGCAUGGCACACAGGCCAUGCUGACCCCGGUGAAUUCCCCAAAUGUGGGAAUCUCUACUUCAUAAUUUGCGGUAGUUGGGAAACUGCGUCCAACCUCUACCCUGAAAUUAGCGUUGGGCCAGUAACCAAAAGGUUGCUAGUUCGAAUCCCUGAGCUGACAUGGUGACAAAUCUGUCAAUGUGCCCUUGCGCAAGGUACUUAACUCUAAUUGCUCCAAGGUCGCAUUGGCACGGCCAGGGUCAAAAUGGCAGACCCUGGCCGUGACCCCACUCUCCGAGGGUGUCUCAGGGAGAGUUGAGAUAUGCAAAAAAAAAUUAACAUUUCCAAUUCACACAUGCGUAUUAAUACACACUUGUACAAUAGGACAAAUAUAAGCACCCACCAAAUUAUUAUAAUUUAUCACACACACACACCCUCUUGAGAACAAAGUAUUUUUGCAGGCAGACAGAAAUAACUGAGGGGGAACCAAUAGAGAAGUCUGACAAAAGGCCAAAACAACAAAGUUAAGAGAUAAUCACACAAGUGACUAGGAGCUGUCUGAUAAACCGUUACAACACAGAUGAUACCAAAACAUGAUACACAGGAAGUCCUUUUCAAACGAUGUGUGGUUACUGUCAUAACAACAGCCUGGUCUGGUGUGUAUAUCACAUUACCAUGGUUAGGUAAGCUGAACUCCCAUCAGUAAACACUGUGUGUGUGUGUGGGUGGUUUGGUUUUACUAUCCUUGUGGGGACCAGAAGUCCUCACAAGGAUAGUAAAACAAAGAAAAGUAUGACAAGUGGGCACCAGCUAAAUGUCCCCACAAGGAAAAAAGCAUUUUGAAUGGGAAUAAAUGUUUUGGUCCCCACAAGGUAAGUAAAACAAAUGUGUGCGGGGGGGGGGGGGAGUUUGAGUGUGUUCUUGUUUGGUGCAUCCAUAUGCAAUUAAAUAAAGUUACAGUCAAUAGCAUGUGACUUACUGUACAGGCUGACUGGGAUGUGUUCUAGAUAGUGUAGUUUGUUUUAUCCUGCCUAACUCUCUCCCCCAUUCCCUCGCUGAUUUCCUCUUUCCUUCUCUCCUUCCCUUCAUCUACCCUUUCCUCCCCCCUCUCUCCCCUCUCCAGUUGGAUCUGUGUGAGACGAGGCAGGUGCAUCUGCAUAAGAACUUCCAGAUCGAGGUGGGUUCGGAGGGAUUCCGUCUGUAUGGGACAGAGACCUACAGAUCUUCUCUCAGAGAGCUUCUAGACCACCUGGCUAGACAGAACCUCCGUACGGACAACCUCCACUUCCAGCUCAGACGCUGCUGCCCCCCACAGCCCAGAGGUAUGGGGAGAGACACAAAUAUACAGUACAUACAGACCCACACACUCACUUCAACUUUUAGUACUUUUAUUUCAGCCCCUCAGAAUGUCAUGUUGCCCUUGGUAUACAUGUCCUGCACACACAUAUUGAACUGAGCCCUCAGCGUGACUUGGUUCUGGUCAGCUGAAAGGAUGUCCCUUUUUUAGUACCUGUUUACACCAGGAGCUCUAGUUUCCCUUUGCGACACUGCCUCACCAUGAUUACCACUCGCUUAACCCUCUCAGUACCUCAGCUCUGGGGGUAACUGGGUGCAUCCGUGUGUGAGUGUGGCAAUGUGUUUUUGCAAGCAUAGGGUGUGUGAGCACCCUUUCUUGUUUACAUCCUCUGUGUUUGUGUGCGUGUGUGUGCCUGUACUGUGUGUGUGAGCACUCUUGUGUUUUUGACAUACUGUGUGUGUGUGGGGUGUGCGCGUGCAUGUGUGUCAGUGAGCGGCAGGGACAGGAACACGAAGUAGUAUUGUGGUUUCCGGAACACAUCUCUCCUCCUCUGUUUACUGCAGGCAGGCGGAGGCGUGUGUGGGUUGUUGUGAUAAAAUAUUUUGCCUGCUGUGAGGAGCCUGUCAGAAGGGUGGAGUGUUUUGAUUUUGUUGUGCGCACAUGCAUGCGUGUGUGUGCUGAAAACCAGAGUUAUCUUUGUCACAACAUCACUUCCUCCUCUCCACCCAGCCACACACUGAUAAUUAUUCUAAUAUACAGUACCAGUCAAAAGUUUGGACACACCUACUCAUUCUACUAGAGGAAUCGCUAUCUAUCGAAGAUAUUUGCUCAGCAGUGAGUUGGGCCUCGCCUUAUACAUUUGCAAAGCUCGAUAUCACUGGCGCAUACUGUUUUAGGUGUAGGAUCUUCCCAUUUGUGUGGUGAGUCGCACAGGGCAGUCGGUCGUCAGGAUAAGCUUGUCUGCAGUACGGGAGAGUAUAUACCAUAAGUGAAAUACCAAAACGAAUACUUGAAAGAGAACUUUAGGUUUCCGACCGUAACCCCUGUUUUCUGAGAGUAUGAGUGAGGUAUUUCACCAGACCACCCUCCUUGCAUAAGCGAGGAAGAGGUGUUGCUGAUUUUGAAUGACUCAGCGAUGCUGCGUUGGACCUUUUUAUAAGGUAGGAGGGACGCCCCUCCCCGACGCAAAUGUCUAGACAUCGAGCCAAUCAUGGCUGGUGUAGUGUAAUAAAGGCUUCUGACGAAAACGCUGAAGGCGUAUCCCAUUAGGAUACUAUCAUACUACACUAUACAGUGGGGGAAAAAAUGUAUUUAGUCAGCCACCAAUUGUGCAAGUUCUCCCACUUAAAAAGAUGAGAGAGGCCUGUAAUUUUCAUCAUAGGUACACGUCAACUAUGACAGACAAAAUGAGGAAAAACAAAUCCAGAAAAUCACAUUGUAAGAUUUUUUAUGAAUUUAUUUGCAAAUUAUGGUGGAAAAUAAGUAUUUGGUCAAUAACAAAAGUUUCUCAAUACUUUGUUAUAUACCCUUUGUUGGCAAUGACACAGGUCAAACGUUUUCUGUAAGUCUUCACAAGGUUUUCACACACUGUUGCUGGUAUUUUGGCCCAUUCCUCCAUGCAGAUCUCCUCUAGAGCAGUAAUGUUUUGGGGCUGUCGCUGGGCAACACGGACUUUCAACUCCCUCCAAAGAUUUUCUAUGGGAUUGAGAUCUGGAGACUGGUUAGGCCACUCCAGGACCUUGAAAUGCUUCUUACGAAGCCACUCCUUCGUUGCCCGGGCGGUGUGUUUGGGAUCAUUGUCAUGCUGAAAGACCCAGCCAUGUUUCAUCUUCAAUGCCCUUGCUGAUGGAAGGAGGUUUUCACUCAAAAUCUCACGAUACAUGGCCCCAUUCAUUCUUUCCUUUACACGGAUCAGUCGUCCUGGUCCCUUUGCAGAAAAACAGCCCCAAAGCAUGAUGUUUCCACCCCCAUGCUUCACAGUAGGUAUGGUGUUCUUUGGAUGCAACUCAACAUUCUUUGUCCUCCAAACACGACAAGUUGAGUUUUUACCAAAAAGUUAUACUGUAAGUGCUGUUAUUGUGAAGGGGAAACGUCUAGGAGCAACCACACACUAGCCUAAGAUCACCAUGUGCAAUGCCAAGCGUCGGUUGGAGUGGUGUAAAACUCGCCGCCAUUGGACUCUGGAGCAGUGGAAACGUGUUCUCUGGAGUUAUUUAAUCAUGCUUCACCAUCUGGCAGUCUGUUUCAGCAUGACAAAGCCCCCGUGCACAAAGCGAGGUCCAUACAGAAAUGGUUUGUCGAGAUCGGUGUGGAAGAAGUUGACUGGCCUGCACAGAGCACUGAACUCAACCCCAUCGAACACCUUUGGGAUGAAUUGGAAUGCCGACUGCAGGCCUAAUCGCCCAACAUCAGUGCCCGAACUCACUAAUGCUCUUGUGGCUGAAUGGAAGCAAGUCCCCGCAGCAAUGUUCCAACAUCUAGUGGAAAGCCUUCCCAGAACAGUAGAGGCUGUUAUAGCAGCAAAGGGGGGAUCAACUCUAUAUUAAUGCCAUGAUUUUGGAAUGAGAUGUUCGACGAGCAGGUGAUCACAUACUUUUAGUCAUGCAGUGCAUCAGAGAACCGGGUUUACGGUCGUAAAAUAAAGAUUCUUAUUCAUAUACUGGAUUCUUCACAUAGCUCAUUCUAAUACAGCGGUCUCCAACAGGGACAUCUACCAGUAAGUUAGGUCACAGCCCACCUAUGAGUAGCUCGCCAAACAAUUCUGAAAAUGCUUGUAUUUUUUACGUGUUUCAUCGCAAACUGUCAUAAACAAAUCUCACAAGUAUCAUACACAUCAAGCUCCCGGCUACUGUUCAGUCCACAAUGACUUUUUCCCACCCCUAGUUAGCCACAAUUGGCUUAAAAAGCCAAACUUAACUCAAUAUCUGCCAAUUAAUUUCCAGAAAUAUUGUCGGUGUGGUGUGUGUGUGUGUGUGUGUGUGUGUGUGUGUGUGUGUGUGUGUUUGUGUCUAUCAAUCACUUUGUGUAGCCAGUUAGCGAUAAUGAUAACUGUCUUCUGGUUAGACAGACAGAAAUUCUUUCCCCAAAACCUUCUCAAUUAAAUGUUAAGUGCAAAGUAGGCUUACCUGGCAGAAUUAUAUCAUGAUUAUCAGUCGGGUGUGCUUUUGUUUUGCAAACUCUGUCAUGACAUAUGCAGCAGCAAAAACAUCGCUAGACCAGCAUAUUCCUCUCUCGCAAAAUGCGCAAUUAAAGAGGUAUUACACAAAAAUAUCUAAAUGUUGCCCUCAAAAAUGAUCUUAUAAUGUGAUUGAAGCAUUGACAUGGACUCAGAACAUCCAAUUGUAUUGUUUCUCUAUGAAUAAUUGUAAUUUUGUGAGUGAAAAACUGAAAAAAAUCUCAAACCAGGACAAAUAAAAUGGAGAAUAUGGAAUUCAGGAAAAUACAAAGAGUGCCUAUUUUGAAAGCUAGGAAAAAAUGUAUGAGUAGCUCGCAACAUGUUUCAUCAUUUAAAAGUAGCUCUCAUGCUAGAAAAGGUUAGAGAUCACUGUUCUAAUACAGCUACUGUAUUAUUAUUAUUAUUAUACUGUACAUUGCAUUUUUGCUACACUGUUUAUACACAGCGUGUAUUUAUAUUCUGGAUUCUCGACAUAGCUCACUGUAAUAUAUCUACAGCUGUACAUAUCAUUCUUAGUAUAUCUUUUUGGUGUGUAUAUACACUACCGGUCAAAAGUUUUAGAACACAUACUCAUUCAAGGAUUUUUCUUUAUUUUUACUAUUUUCUACAUUGUAGAAUAAUAGUGAAAACAUCAAAACUAUGAAAUAACACAUAUGGAAUCAUGUAGUAACCAAAAAAGUGUUAAACAAAUCAAAAUAUAUUUUCUUUGAGAUUCUUAGCCACCCAUUUGCCUUGAUGACCGCUUUCUACCGGUCUAAUGUCCAUUGCUCGUGUUUCUUCGCCCAAGCAGGUCUCUUCUUCUUAUUGGUGUCCUUUAGUAGUGGUUUCUUUGUAGCAAUUCAACCGUGAAGGCCUGAUUCACGCAGUCUACUCUAAACAGUUGAUGUGUCUGAACUCUGUGAAGCAUUUAUUUGGGCUGCAGGCUGGUAACUCUAAUGAACUUAUCCUCUGCAGCAGAGGUAACUCUGGGUCUUCCAUUCCUGUGGCGGUCCUCAUGAGAGCCAGUUUCAUCAUAGCGCUUGAUGGUUUUUGCGACUGCACUUGAAGAAACGUUCAAAGUUCUUGACAUUUUCCGUAUUGACUGACCUGCAUGUCUUAAAGUAAUGAUGGACUGUCGUUUCUCUUUGCUUAUUUGAGCUGUUCUUUCCAUAAUAUGGACUUGGUCUUUUACCAAAUAGGGCUAUCUUCUGUAUACCCCCCUACCUUGUCACAACACAAUUGAUUGGCUCAAACGCAUUAAGAAGGAAAAAAAAUCCUCAAAUUGAAAUGCAUUCCAGGUGAAGCUGGUUGAGAUUGUGCAAAGCUGUCAUCAAGGCAAAGGGUGGCUAUUUGAAGAAUCUCAAGUCUAAAAUAUAUUUUGAUUUGUUUAACACUUUUUUUUUUGUUUACUACAUGGUUAUUUGGUUAUUUCAUGUCUUCACUAUUAUUCUACAAUGUAAAAAUAAAGCAUACUCUUGAAUGAGUAGGUGUGUCAACUUUUGACUGGUAGUAUACAUGCAUAGGUUGCAUUUGGUUUACUGAUAACUUAUUUAUUUUUUUAACUGAAUUUGUCCUUCCAUCCGGGAUUUAUUCUUUUUUUGUCAUUAUUUGUGUUCUUGUUUGACAUUUUUAAUGCACUGUUAGGAGCUGGUAACACAAGCAUUUCAAUGCACCAGCUAUAACAUCUGCUAAACUGUGUACUUGACCAAUACACUUUGAAAGCCCCCGCAGUCAAAUCAAAUAAAACUACACACACACAUUUUACAUUUUAGUCAUUUAGCAGACGCUCUUAUCCAGAGCGACUUACAUACACAUUUAUGAUUGCGCAAGCAGUUGUUUUCAAACACGUUAAUAUCCCCACACGCAGCCAACACACCCACCAAUUAACAAAGAUGUCAGACUAAACUGCAUGUCACAAUCAACAGCCUGAGUAACUUGACCUACAUUUAGCUUGUUUACAUGCAUAGUGACUGAGGCUGCGUUUACACAGGCAGCCCAAUUCUGAUAUUUUUCCCAAUUAUUGGUCUUUUGACCAAUCAGAUCAGAUAUGUUGCCAAUAAUUGGGCUAAAUAUCAGAAUUGGGUUGCCUGUGCAAACGCAGCCUGAUUGAUGUGUAAACAAUGCUGCUCCAACUCCUACAUGGUAUAAGCCAUUCAUAAACUUUGUUCGUUCUUUACUAACUGAUAAGGAGACUGGUGUCAGUUUUGCAGAAGCCAUUUUAUAACUUUUUUUAAAUUAUUUAAUUUAUACUUUUUUUAAACUCACAAAAAAAGACAGAUACAGACAUUGACAUUCAUUGUACUGUUCAAUGGGAUGGCAGAUUUAGAGGACAAAACUUAACUCACACAUACAAAUAUAAACAAAAAAAUCCUAUUAGGCGGUACAUAUUAUAAGAAGACAGCAUAUUACAAGCAGUGUCGUUAAACCAGUUAUCCAGUAUCGGCUGCCAUAUUUUGUAAAACAUUGGACUUCUAUUGGAGGUAUCGAAUAUUUUCCAUAUGCAUUACAUUCCCUAAAUCCCUUAACUACAUUUCAAAGGUAAGAACAGUCUCCAAUUUCCAAAAUUGCAAUAUGAGCCUUUUGACUAAGAGUACAAAGAGAGACAGCCUUCCCUUCCUGGUUAUUCCCAUCAACUGUACCAAACAGAGCGAUCAAUGGGUCUGGGGCUAUAGCUCUAUCAAAGGCUUUAGAUAAGUCAUCAAAAAUGAGAGCCCAGUAAACAUGUAAUUUAGGACAAAUAAGUGGGUCAAAGUCUCCUCAUCCUGCUUGCGCCUCUCACACAGUGGUGAGGUGUCUGGGAAUAUUUUAUGCAGUUUCACUUUUGAGUAAUGUAACCUGUGUAUCACCUUAAACUGAACAAGGUUGUGUCUGGCAUUCAGUGAACUGUGGUUUAUAUUCCUGAGAGCUUCUACCCAGUCCUCAUCUGAGAUUUCUGAACCAAGUUCCUUCUCCCAAGCCCUUUUAAUAGUGUCUGUGGAUACCUCUAUGUGGGCCCGUAGCACAUCCUAAAGUCUAGAGACCGACCCUUUUGAAUGGACUUUGACAAGGUUAAGGCUAUCUAAUGUAGGAUUCUUUGGCUUAAUGCCAUACUGUGGGAUAUGUGUCCUUAAGAAAUUCCUGAUUUGGAGGUAUCUGGAAAUCAAUGUGUUGCUGGCAUGUUAAUCUUACCCUGUAAUUGUUGAAAUGAAGCUAAAUGACCAUCAAUGUAUACGUUACCGAUUGUUGUGAGCCCCUUCUCCCUUCACCAGAUCUAAUGUGUUACAGUUGAAGUCGGAAGUUUACAUACACUUAGGUUGGAGUCAUUAAAACUCGUUUUUCAACCACUACACACAUUUCUUGUUAACAAACUAUCGUUUUGGCAAAUCGGUAAGGACAUCUACUUUGUGCAUGACACAAGUAAUUUUUCCAACAAUUCUUUACAGACAGAUUAUUUCACUUAUAAUUCACUAUCACAAUUCCAGUGGGUCAGAAGUUUACAUACACUAAGUUGACUGUGCCCUUAAACAGCUUGGAAAAUUACAGAAAAUGAUGUCAUGGCUUUAGAAGCUUCUGAUAGGCUAAUUGACAUCAUUUGAGUCAUUUGAGUUCAUCUGUACAAACAAUAGUACGCAAGUAUAAACACCAUGGGAUCACGCAGCCGUCAUACCGCUAAGGAAGGAGACGCGAUCUGUCUCCAAGAGAUGAACGUACUUUGGUGCGAAAAGUGCAAAUCAAUCCCAGAACAACAGCAAAGGACCUUGUGAAGAUGCUGGAGGAAACAGGUACAAACAUAUCUAUAUCCACAGUAAAACAAGUCCUAUGUCGCUCAGCAAGGAAGAAGCCACUGCACCAAAACUGCCAUAAAAAAGCCAGACUACAGUUUGCAACUGCACAUGAGGACAAAGAUCGAACUUGAGAGAUUCCCAAAGGGUAGUCGUCGUCAACAUCCCCCUGUUGUUAGCUCAGAGGAAAAAAGCAAUCUGCUCCUUCAAAUACUGACAAAAAGUCUAAUCUUUCAACAAGUAUGCGUCUUAAGUGCCACAGUCGCUGACCUGCAGACAUGUCGAUUUUCAACACCAUGGACAGCGGAGAGUGGUCUCUAAUUAGAAUCGGGGAUAGGUAACCAACUCAGCUGCUGAAAUUAGUUUGAAGUCCAACAAAAAAUAGUCAAUUCUGGAAUAUGAUUUAUGAACUGACGAAAAUAAAGAAUAAUCCCUAUCUGUAAGGUGCGUCAGUCUCCAAAUAUCGGCAAUGUUAAGGUUUGUCAUCAAUGUAUUUAGACAGACACUGGCAUUUGAUUGUUGAAGUGACCUUGAUAGCUGUUUAUCUAAAAGAGGAUCUAACGUACAGUUAGUCGCCUCCAACAAUAACACUUGUAUACGAGAAAUUUGGUAUGGUCUUAAAUGCCCUUUGAAAAAAUUAUGGAUAAUCGCAUGCGUCCAUAUAAAUUGACGAAGGUUAUUGGUAUCAGAUGCAGUGUACCAGCCACAAUAAUAUACCGACCAUUAGGAUCUGAAAUCGACAAUGAGAAAAGUUUUUCCUUAUCAGGAUCGCUACCCCUCUCGCUUUUGCAUCAAAAUUAGACUGGUAUAUCUGACCGAUCCAGCCGACUCGUAGUUUGGCCUGAGCUGAGCGUUUUAAUGAGUUUCUUGAAGAAGCACUAUGUCAGCGCUCAGUGAUUUUCAGAUGAGAAAAAAACCUUAGCUCUUUUCACGACAUGACCUAAGCCAUUGCAGUUCCAACUGACUAUCAUUAUUCCACCAGGUCUACUCUGUGCCUGGUCACUAUGUGGCAUUUAUUAUUUUAGAGCAAAUUAUUGCUGUCAUACAAAACCCAAAAGAAAAACAUCCCGCUGUGCGGGAACUUGUCAUGCCACCUGUACUAAAACCUGUACUAAAAGUGAACAUAAAACACAGACCCCAUCCCCCCUCCUGUCCCAUUACUGAGUGACUUCCCCGAACGAAGCACUCCUUGACUAACACACAAACCUUAGGGUGCCUAGACAUAAAGCCUGAACUAACUCGGCAUCUAUAAAUGCUCCGCAUAUAAACAAAUAUGAAAUAACACUUAACUCUCACGUUAGGGGGUAAGUGGGACUAAAACAUGAUUGGCUAAACAAUGCUAUAUAACCAAUAACAUCUCACCCAUCAUUAUGAGUCCCAAUUUCAGAUUUUCUAAUCGAAAAGACAUCAGCAGGAAAUUCAAACACAUUCCUGGCCUGUAUAUGGCCACUUAGCCGGUUGACACAGCAGUUCUGUAUCCUCAGCCAGGGAGCUUGCUUGACAAGAACAGGUCGGCCUCUUUUGGGUUGUCAAACGUAUGUGUUGAACCCUCGACUGUCACCUUAAACCGGGCUGGGAAGAGGAAUCCAUAUCGGAUGUUGGCCGCCCUGCAUUUCUUGCGCAACUCUUCAUAAUCUUUCGGUUGGUUCCUCACAUCCAAAGUAAGAUCUGGGUAGAAAGACACCCUGGCUCCGUUGUAGUUAAGGGGGGACUUUUGACUAGCCAGCUUGAGGAUGACAUCCCUGGUCUGGGAAUAGUGCAGCCGUGCAAUGAAUGGCCUUGGUGGUGCUCCCUUGGCCGGCUUCGUUGCCUGUGAUCUGUGUGCGUGGUCGAUCAGGAUGGCCGUUUUGAAGUGUUCACUCCCCAGAAAUGCCGGUAUCAGCUCCGAAACAAAUUCAGUGGGUUUCCCUUUCCAGUGUCCUCCUGGAUCCCAAAUAUUCAGAUGUUCGGGCGUCUUGAAUGUGACUCGAGCAUUUCCAGUCGGGCUUUCAGGGUGGUGUUGUCAUUUUUGAACAUUGUGCACUGUUUCUCUAUGUCCUGUAGCCUGGCCUCGUGAUCAACUGUCAUCUGCUCGACCUCAUGCACCCUGCCCUUGGUUGCCUUCACAGUUUCAGUCAAAGUCCCAAUACUCUUUGAGAUAUCAGCCAACCUUGUGUCCACGUUCUUGCUUAGUGAGUUUAUAGCGGCCAGUAGGUCACUUGGAGUAGGUUCUGUGGGGAGCUCUUGGGAGCUGGCAUCUUCAGCAAAGUCCUCGUGGGUCGGCGAUGUUGACAUCGUUUCAUUGUCUUUCUCUCAUCCAAAUGAUCUCGUUUAGCGCCCCUCUUUUUUGGUGCCUUUUCACUUUGUCAUAUUGCCAGACAAUGUUUGAAAUUAUAGGUGGUGAGAAUGAAGAUAAAUAUUAAUUUGUUUCAAAAUUGAGCGGAGCUCUAACAAAACACGUCUAUUCCGUAGCACGCUCUCUAGCGCCUCCCCCCAACAUUUUUUGUUGUUGUUGCGUGCCCAAAUGAACACAACCCUGGUGUGUGUUCUGUGUUGCACUUGCUAGUGUGUGUGUGUUGCACUGGCUAAUAUGGGAUACGUAUAUUUGUGUGUGUUUCAGAGGUGUCCAACCUGCUGGUAGUAACUAAGGACAGAGUGCUGAUCCCCCAGACACCCCUGGAGGAGAGCCAACUCAGCUUCCACAGGAUCCUCAAGGAGGAGAUCUUACAGGUACAGUACCACACACACUCUACCAGGCAUGUGCCCAGGUCUACCUGUGCCAAAGCACCUGCCCGUUUCCCUCAAUCUCGCCAAGUGCCUUUUUGGGUGAUGGUAUAUGCAGUGCAUUCUGAAAGUAUUCAGACCCCUUGACUUUUUGCACAUUUUGUUUUAUGUUACAGCCUUAUUCUAAAAUUGAUUAAAUUGUUGUUUUCUUCUUAUCAAUCUACACAAAAUACCCCAUAAUGACAAAGCUAAAACAGGGUUUUUAGACAUUUUUGCAAAAAUAAAAACUAUAAAAAAACUAUUCACAUUUACAUAAGUAUUCAGACCCUUUACUUAGUACUUUGUUGAAGCACCUUUGGCAGCGAUUACAGCAUUGAGUCUUCUUGGGUAUGAUGCUACGAGGUUGGCACACCUGUAUUUGGGGAGUUUCCCCCGUUCUUCUCCCCCGAUAUUAAAAUAGAAUGACAAGCUGCUACUAAUAACACAGGCCUAUCGAUACACUCGGGUUACCUUAUUCCAUGCAGCUGCAUCGCAAGUCUUGGCUGUGUGCUUAGGGUCGUUGUCCUGUUGGAAGGUGAACCUUCGCCCCAGUCUGAGGUCCUGAGCGCUCUGGAGCAGGUUUUCAUCAAGGAUCUCUCUGUACUUUGCUCCAUUCAUCUUUCCCUCAAUCCUGACUAGUCUCCCAGUCCCUGCCGCUGAAAAACAUACCCACAGCAUGAUGCUGCCACCACCAUGCUUCACCGUAGGGAUGGUGCCAGGUUUCCUCCAGACGUGACGCUUGGCAUUCAGGACAAAGAGUUCAAUCUUGGUUUCAUCAGACCAGAGAAUCUUGUUUCUUUAGGUGCCUUUUGGCAAACUCCAAGUGGGCUGUCGUGCCUUUUACUGAGGAGUGGUCUCCGUCUGGCCACUCUACCAUAAAGGCCUGAUUGGUGGAGUCCUGCAGAGAUGGUUGUCCUUCUGGAAGGUUCUCCAAUCUCUACAGAGGAACUCUGGAGCUCUGUCAGAGUGACCACGGGUUCUUGGUCACCUCCCUGACCAAGGCCCUUCUCCCCCGAUUGCUCAGUUUGGCCAGGCAGCCAGCUGUAGGAAGAGUCUGGGUGGUUCCAAACUUCUUCCAUUUAAGAAUGAUGGAGGCCACUGUGUUCUUGGGGACCUUCAAUGCUGCAGAAAUGUUUUGGUACCCUUCCCCAGAUCUGUGCCUUGACACAAUCCUGUCUCGGAGCUCUAAGGACAAUUCCUUCGACCUCGUGGCUUGGAUUUUGCUCUGACAUGCACUGUCAACUGUGGGACCUUAUAUAGACAGGUGUGUGCCUUUCCAAAUCAAGUCCAAUCAAUUUAAUUUACCACAGGUGGACUCCAAUCAAGUUGUAGAAACAUCUCAAGGAUGAUCAAUGGAAACAGGAUGCACCUGAGCUCAAUUUCGAGUGUCAUAUCAAAGGGUCUGAAUACUUAUGUAAAUAAGGUAUUUCUGUUUUUUAUUUGUAAUACAUUUGCAAAUGUACCAACCUUUUCUGAGUCAAGAUCACUUUCGCAGUCAAAAAGCAAGCCGAGAUCUACCGCUCAGAUUUUUCUUUUACAUUACUUUAAAAAUGUAAGCCUAUGCAACAUUAACCAAAUAAAAACAGUUCUGUUGGAAUGAGGUUUGUGCAGUAGGCCUAAUACAUUAUCACAGCAUAUUGGCUAUAUGCCUGGCCUGCCAAUAUUGUUCUUCUCAGACCAUAUUAUAUUUCAAAACUCAAGCUUUGAUAACAAAAUAGAUCAGUGGGUGUAUCACUUGCGAGGCACAGCUGAGCAUAAAUUGAAAUAAUUAGCAAAUAAUUCGCCUUUUUAAUUUACUGGACUGACGGUACAUGCAUCUGGUGGUCAGUCACAGCGGAGGGAGGGAGGGAGCAGCAGAGGGUCUGCCUCUCACGGUCCCUGCUCUCUCCUUUCCUCCGGUGAGACUGACCAGAAAGAGGGGACACCGUCUUCCACCUGAUGGCGAAACUCGAGUCGCUCCGCAUCUGCCUCAUGCACAAAUUCAUGUUGUUCCUAUGACCAGAGAAAGUGAAAUAUUCCUCGAUAUUAAAAUAGAGAUGACAAGCUGCUAAUAAUAACACAGGCCUAUCGAUACACUCGGUUACUUAUUCAUUGCAGCUGCAGCGCAAGUGGAAUUAGGGAGACAGGUGCUGAAUAAAAACUUAAACUUGAACUCACUCAUAAAAACAGGUGCUCUUUGCUGUAUUCUUUGAAAGUUUCUCUCUGGUCAUAGUUUUUGGUCAUAGUUUUAAAAGUUAUGAAAUCUCACGUAGGAUAGUAUCAAACUUUGCUGUGGGGUCGUGGAAGCUGUAGGUACAGUGAUUUGAGCAAUCCGAUUGGCCAGCGUAGUAGGUGCACUUGAUUUAGCCACAGUUCUCCUGGUCCACCGGGUAGGCGGUGUUUGUCCCUUCAGACAAAUGAAAUGGUUAAAAAUGGGAACACUUUGCCUACCCGGCGUGCAGGGCUUCUGAAUCAAGUGCACCUACCGCCAACAGCGCAAGUCUUUAACGUUGGCUUUUCUACAGAAAUGUUUGGUGAUCGACUAGGAAUGCCUUGAAGAUCGACCAGUCGAUCGGCCAGUUGGUGACCAGUUGGUGGCCACUGGCCUAGACUCUAGCUAACCAUAUACAACAAAUAUCCACAUGCCACUAGCCAGCCAGCCAUAUAUCAUGACUUAGAAGAUUAUGAAUAUUAUAUUAUGAAGUUAUUAUUUAAGAGCAUUGAAGAUAAAUCACUAUCAGUAAAGAAAAGAUGAUUGAGCUAGCUAACUAGCAGAUUUACAUCAAUCAUCAAUAUCAAUGAUCAGCUGAUUGCCCACCCUCUAGAUCUUUUCCAGAUGUAAAUCAUGUCUUUAGGAAGCACUGUGACUAGCUUGUUUACAAUUUGUGAUGAUGAGUAUGAAGCAUUCGUUCUUCACCGAGCUCCGGAGGGCCGCACUUAAAAUUGAUUUUAUUUCCUCGCUGUCAACAUUUGUUAAAUAAUAGUCCUCUAUCCAUCGCUUUUGGAAUGUUCUGUCGAGCUUUCUUUUUGAUGACUGUUAGCAAGCUGGACAGAGUGAAAAGACUAUAAAUGUAAGUUCUAUUAUCAUUUCUAAACAGUUUCUAUUUGGGUUUUAGUCUAGCAUAUACCCUAUCAGUCACAUCCAUCCAUCGGCUGAACGAGCCUUUGUCAAUCUCUUUACUUUUCUAGCCUCUUUAAUCCGUCAGUGUUUUCUUACUGGUGUUGGUCACCAGUGUGUAUUUACGAUGUGCGUAUCUCGUGUGUGUAUUGACUAACUGGCUUUCCUCUCCCUCCUGCCUCUCUCAGGGAGAGCACCUGGGGCUGGGUACUCGGACCAACAUCUAUGCUGGAGUACUGAAGGUGAAGAGUGCGGAGGAUGAUGAUUUUGGAUACUAUUCCUCUCAGGAGCUCAAAGUAGUGCUGAAGGUGCUGGGCUCCGGACACAGAGACAUCUCCCUGGUAAGACACACACACGUUUUACAUCCUGUGAGAUCUUGAGGGACUACCACAAGAAGAGUAACUUCUGAGAAUAUGUGAAUGAUGUUCUGUGGCAAUAUUCUGCCACAUUAGCUAACUCUGACUCUCUCUCCAUCUCUCUCCCCCUCGCUCUCACCUCCCUCUCUCCCUCUCUCCUCUCCUCCCUCUCUCCCCAGGCCUUCUUUGAGACAGCCAGUAUGAUGCGGCAGGUCUCCCAUAAGCACAUCGCCCUGCUCUAUGGAGUCUGUGUACGUCACCUGGAGAGUGAGUACACACACACACCCUACACUGCCACAGUAACCUACAUGACACAUCUAAACCUUAAACUCACUACUUAAUCUAUCCCUCUGUUACUGUAAGAAGUGUUAAUACAGGACCUACGCUGUUAGUAGAUGUGAUAGGACUUGCCAUUAUGUACACAAAUAGCGAAUUCCCCAUGAGCUGUUGACCCAGUAUUGAAUAGUACAUUGACAUACUAUACAGUACUGUCUUAACACCUGUCCAAACAGGUUAGUGGAAUAUGUUUGAUAUGAAUAGGUUAAUGUAGUAAUGUACAGGUAACUGCCAAAAUAAUUGAAACACCAUCAUAAAGUGUCUUAAUAGGACAUUGGGCUACCACGAGCCGCCAGAACGGCUUCAAGGCGCCUUGGCAUAGAUUCUACAAAUGUCUGGAACUCUAUUGGAGGGAUACGGCACCAUUCUUCCACGAGAAAAUCCAUAAUUUAGUGUUUUGUUGAUGGUGGUGGAAACCGCUGUCUCAGGCACCGCUCCAUAAUCUCCCAUAAGUGUUACAUUUGGGUUGAGAUCUGGUGACUGAGACAAUCACACACACACACACACACACACACACACACACACACACACUUUAACCCCCCUAUGCUCCUUUGAGACCUCUCUUUCAGAGUCACUGAGAUCUCUUCUCUUAGCCAUAAUAAUGGGCAACUGGGCAUUUUUAUACACAACCCUAAGCAUGAUGGGAUGUUAGUUGCUUAAUUAACUCAGGAACCACACCUGUGUUGCAGCACCUGCUUUCAAUGUACUUUGUAUCCCUCAUUUACUCAAGUGUUCCCUUUAUUUUGUUACUUUUAGGUGUUACUGUACUGGUUCCCAAAACACAAGACAAACCAGUCUUUCUGUUGUGGUAGCCAGCAGGCAGAAUAUGCCCUGAGUGUGGGUGUAUUGACUGUCUCUCUCUCUCUCUCCCCCAGAUAUAAUGGUGGAGGAGUUUGUCCAGUUAGGUCCGUUGGAUCUGUUCAUGCGGAGACAACACAGUCCUCUCAGUACACCAUGGAAGUUCCAGGUGGCCAAACAACUGGCCAGUGCUCUCAGCUACCUGGUAAGAGACACUAAAGAGAAAUAGAUUGGACUAUCUGCAGUGACCUUAUCUUGCACUGACUAUGUACACUCACAAGACUAUACCCACACACACACACAAUGACGCCACACACACACACAUAAUGACGCCACACACACACUUUCACACUCAUCAUAUGCUGCUGCUACUCUGUUCUUUAUUGUACUCCUAUGAUUAUCUAUCCUGAUGCCUAGUCGCUUUCUCCCUGCCGAUAUGUGCAUAUCUACCUCAAAUACCUCGUACUCCUGCACAUUGAUCUGGUACUGGUACUCCCUGUAUAUAGCUUCAUUCCUAUGUAUUUUAUUCCUCUUGGGUUAUUAUUAUUUAACUCUGCAUCGUUGGGAAAGGCUCGUAAAUAAGCAUUUCACGGUAAAGUCUACUACACCUGUUGUAUUCAGCGCUUGUGACAAAUACAAUGAGAUUUGAUCUGGCGCUCUCUCUCUCUCUCUGUGUUUGUAGGAGGAUAAGAAGCUGGUGCAUGGCUUUGUGUGUACCAAGAACAUCCUGCUGGCCAGAGACGGAGUGGACAGUGAGGGAGGACCCUUCAUCAAGCUCAGCGACCCUGGCAUACCCAUCACUGUGUUGACCAGAGAGGGUAGGACUUCAUUGAAUCAUUUUGUGUGGCAAAUUAUGCACAAUGAGUGCAAGACAAUCAUCAUAUUACAUUUGAGUUCUUAUCCAGAGCACCUUAUCUUAUUUUGCAGAGGUUUAGGGAUCCACUUUGAGCUUUGACAGGACAAGGGCCCAAUUUGAGAUCAUAGAAAUAUGAAGCCUACAUUGUAGAAUGUAAUGUACAGUAUAUUGAGUUCUGAAGUGUUUGUGACCCAGGAGAAUGUCUUCACAGUAUUUAAUAUAUGCCAUUUUAGCAGACGCUUUUACCCAAAGCAACUUACAAGUCAUACAGUAUGUGCAUACAUUUUACGUAUGGUUGGUCCCGGGAAUUGAACCCACUAUGACGUGGAUGUUGAUUUAAGGCAGGCCCCCUCACCUCUCUGAUUCAGAGUGGUUGGGUUAAAUGCGGAAGACACAUUUCAGUUGAAUGCAUUCCCCUCUCCCCGUAUAGUGUAUACAAACACAUAUUGUGUGCCUAAGGCUGUGUUUGUGCCACUGCAGAGUGUGUGGACCGUAUUCCAUGGAUCUCUCCAGAGUGUGUGAAGGACUCUGCCAACCUGAGUGUAGCAGCUGAUAAGUGGGGCUUUGGCACAACACUGUGGGAGAUCUGCUAUGAUGGAGAAGUGCCCCUCAAAGACAAGAAACUCACCGAGGUACACGCACGCACACGCCUUGAUCCACUUGAAGAAUACUACGAAUACACAUCUGUAACAAAAGUAUUGCAGUCCAACCCCACAGAGUAAUACACAGUGCUUGACUUGGACUGAAAUAAGUGCCGGUUCUCAUUUUGGUUACCGGUACUGUUUAUAUUUAGGUGCAGGAGCUCAAGCAGUAGAACAUUUGAGGUGUCGGUACUCAGCUCCUGUGAGCUCCUGCCCAAGUCAAGCACUGGUAAUACAUACCCUCAAGCUUGCUCUGCCUUGAUAACUGAUGAGGUUUCUCUCUCUCACUCCCCCCUGAGUAGAAGGAGAGGUUCUAUGCAGCAGAAUGCCAGUUAGCUAUCCCAGACUGCAGAGAGCUGGCUGAACUCAUGACCCACUGCAUGACCUAUGACCCUCGCAAACGCCCCUUCUUCAGGGCCAUCGUCAGAGACAUAGACACGCUGGAGGAACAGAGUACGUGUUUCUGUGUGUGUGUGUGUGUGUGUUAGUGUUGUCACGAUACCAGUAUUGCGAUACUAGGAAGUAAGAAAGAAAGGAAAGGAAACCGAACAUGAAGCAGACUUCAUCUCUUGAGGAAAACAGUCCUAAUGUUGAUAAAAACCUGCCCUAUGUUGUCAUCCAGAGUCACAUGUGUUUAUUUUACAAGCUAUAGCACAUAAUAUAUGACACAUAAAGUAGGUGUUUAAAGGACUGUAGAGUUUUUAGUCUACAUUGUGUUUUAUUUUUUGCCAAGGAAAUCGCAAUACUGGUGUGUACGUGCGUGUGUCUGUGCACAAGACAUCGUUGUAUGAGUGUAUGACACGUGGGAGGAGCUGUGUGUGUUUGUGUGUGCAUACGUAUCUGUACGAAGGCUCUGAGUGUAUGCAGGAAGUAAUGUGUUGUCAUUCCCCUAGCUACUCCCUAGCUCCCUAAUCCCUAGCUCCCUACUCCCUAGCUACACUUCCUGGACCCCAGGAAGAGUAGCGGCUGCUUUCGCAACCGCUAAUGGGGACCCUAAUAUAAAAUGACAAAUACCUCUGUAAGGUACCUAGCUAGAGAGAGAGCUUGCAAUAGUGUGAAUGAAUGUUGUAGAGUUUACUUGGUUCACUCUCACACAUCUCCCUCUAAACUCGACCCCUUGGAUAUGCAUAUUGCCCUUAAUACUCCCACACUGUGGCCAGAAUGAGGUACUGCAGUCAUGUCGCAGUUGGUAUGCUGCGACAUGACUGUUGGCAUCCAUCACACUGGUGUGUUGUAGCUUAGCGGGAUAAACCCACUGUAUAAGUUGUCAGUGUAACAGUGUAUGUCCUUCCAACAGACCCCUCUAUCAAGCCUGCGCCCACUCUGGAGGUCGACCCCACUCUGUUCCAGAAGAGGUUCCUCAAGAAGAUCAGAGAUUUGGGGGAGGUAACACACACGUUUCUGUGUUUUGAAUGCGUCAGAGAACGAGUGUGUAUAUGCAGUUAUCGCUGCGUGUAUGAUGUGGUCUGAGUGUUUUCCAUUGUGUAUUUAAUUGACAGUGCAUAUGUACGUGGGUUAAUAGACUGUGUGUUAUGAUAUGGGUCUGAGUCUUUUUAGGCUGAUGUGAUUGACUGUCUGUGUGUGUAGGGUCACUUUGGCAAGGUGGAGCUGUGCCGGUAUGACCCCAGAGGGGACCGGACAGGGGAGCUGGUAGCAGUGAAGAGUCUAAAACCAGAGAACAGGGAGGAGCAGAGCAGCAACCUUUGGAGUGAGAUAGGAAUCCUUAAAGAACUCUACCACGAGAACAUCGUCAAGUACAAGGGCAUCUGCCAGGAGGAGGGUGAGCGAGAGAACGCAUAGCCCUGCCACACGCACACAGACAUAGACACACACGCAGGCACGUACACAAACACACCUGUGUGGAGUCUACUCAAACCUCUAUCUGUGUAUGUGUAGGAGGCAGAGCCAUCAAGUUAAUCAUGGAGUACUUGCCUGCUGGCAGUCUGAAGGAGUACCUCCCCCGCAACAGAGGACAGACCAGCCUGAAGACCCUGCUUAACUACGCUGUCCAGAUCUGUCAGGUACAACAACUGUCUAAACUCUAACCCUAGCUUUGUGUCCACAUCCAGGUUCAACUCUAACCCUAGCUUUGUGUCCACAUCCAGGUUCAACUCUAACCCUAGCUUUGUGUCCACAUCCAGGUUUAACCCUAACCCUAGCUUCGUGUUCACAUCCAGGUUCAACCCUAACCCUAGCUUUGUGUUCACAUCCAGGUUCAACCCUAACCCUAGCUUCGUGUUCACAUCCAGGUUCAACCCUAACCCUAGCUUCGUGUUCACAUCCAGGUUCAACCCUAACCCUAGCUUCGUGUUCACAUCCAGGUUCAACCCUAACCCUAGCUUUGUGUCCACAUCCAGGUUUAACCCUAACCCUAGCUUCGUGUUCACAUCCCGGUUCAACCCUAACCCUAGCUUCGUGUUCACAUCCCGGUUCAACCCUAACCCUAGCUUUGUGUCCACAUCCAGGUUUAACCCUAACCCUAGCUUCGUGUUCACAUCCCGGUUCAACCCUAACCCUAGCUUUGUGUUCACAUCCCGGUUCAACCCUAACCCUAGCUUCGUGUUCACAUCCCGGUUCAACCCUAACCCUGACCCUUAGCCCUGGUUAUGGGAACAUUAUUUUGAUGUUAUGGAUAGUUAUAUGAUAGUUUUAUACAGUUGAAGUCGGAAGUUUACAUACACUUAGGUUGGAGUCAUUUAAAAUUUGUUUUUCAACCACUCCACAAAUUUCUUGUUAACAAACUAUAGUUUUGGCAAGUCGGUUAGGACAUCUACUUUGUGCAUGACACAAGUAAUUUUCCCAACAAUUGUUUACAGACAGAUUAUUUCACUUAUAAUUCACUGUAUCACAAUUCCAGUGGGUCAGAAGUUUACAUACACUAAGUUGACUGUGCCUUUAAACAGCUUGGAAAAUUCCAGAAAAUUAUGUCAUGGCUUUAGAAGCUUCUGAUAGGCUAAUUGACAUAAUGUGAGUCAAUUGGAGGUGUACCUGUGGAUGUAUUUCAAGGCCACCUUCAAACUCAGUACCUCUUUGCUUGAUAUCAUGGGAAAAUCAAAAUAAAUCAGCCAAGACCUCAGAAAAAAAAUGGUAGACCUCCACAAGUCUGGUUCAUCCUUGGGAGCAAUUUCCAAAUGCCUGAAGGUACCACGUUCAUCUGUAUAAACAAUAGUAUGCAAGUAUAAACACCAUGGGACCACACAUCCGUCAUACCGCUCAGGAAGGAGACUCAUUCUGUCUCCUAGAGAUGAACGUACUUUGGUGUGAAAAGUGCAAAUCAAUCCCAGAACAACAGCAAAGGACAUUGUGAAGAUGCUGGAGGAAACAGGUUCAAAAGUGUCUAUAUCCACAGUAAAACGAGUCCUGUAUCGACAUAACCUGAAAGGCUGCUCCACUGCUCCAAAACUGCCAUAAAAAAGCCAGACUACGGUUUGCAACUGCACAUGGGGACAAAGAUCGUACUUUUUGGAGAAAUGUCUUUGGUCUGAUGAAACAAAAAUAUAACUGUUUGGCCAUAAUGACCAUCGUUAUGUUUGGAGGAAAAAGGGGGUCUUGCAAGCCGAAGAACACCAUCCCAACCUUGAAGCACGGGGGUGGCAGCAUCAUGCUGUGGGGGUGCUUUGCUGCAGGAGGGACUGGUGCACUUCACAAAAUAGAUGGCAUCAUGAGGAAGGAAAAUUAUGUGGAUAUAUUGACGCAACAUCUCAAGACAUCAGUCAGGAAGUUAAAGCUUGGUCGCAAAUGGGUCUUCCAAAUGGACAAUAACCCCAAGCAUACUUCCAAGUUGUGGCAAAAUGGCUUAAGGACAACAAAGUCAAGGUAUUGGAGUGGCCAUCACAAAGCCCUGACCUCAAUCCUAUAGAAAAUGUGUGGGCAGAACUGAAAAAGCGUGUGCGAGCAAGGAGGCCUACAAACCUGACUCAGUUACACCAGCUCUGUCAGGAUGAAUGGGCCAAAAUUCUCCCAACUUAUUGUGGGAAGCUUGUGGAAGGCUACCUGAAACGUUUGAUCCAAGUUAAACAAUUUAAAGGCAAUGCUACCAAAUACUAAUUGAGUGUAUGUGAACUUCUGACCCACUGGGAAUGUGAUGAAAGAAAUAAAAGCUGAAAUAAAUCAUUCCCUCUACUUUUAUUCUGACAUCUCACAUUCUUAAAAUAAAGUGGUGAUCCUAACUGACAUAAAACAGGACAUUUUACUAGGAUUAAAUGUCAGGAAUUGUGAAAAACUGAGUUUACAUACACCUUAGCCAAAUACAUUUAAACUUCCGACUUCAACUGUAUAUAGGAUCAAUUCCUACCCUUCUGCUGCCUCCCCUCUCUCCAGGGAAUGGACUAUCUGGGAUCUCGGAAUUACAUCCACCGGGAUCUGGCAGCCCGGAACGUUCUGGUGGAGAACGAGAGCACAGUGAAGAUCGGAGACUUCGGCCUGACCAAGAGCAUCAAGGACAACGAGGGAUAUUACACAGUCAAAGAUGACCAGGACAGCCCUGUGUUCUGGUGAGAGGACUGUACUACUGCUUACUACAGUUGUGCAAACACUUCUGGCCCUAUGUCUGUGUUUUACCCCCCCCCCCCCCCCCCCCCCUAGAGUCGAUUGACCCACCUGUACGUCAAUCAAAGUAUCAUAAUAAAAAAAUCCCCAUCAAAAUCUGUCAGUUUAAGCUAGAGAAAAGUUUUUUUUUGCAUUGGAUGCUGCACUUCCGCAUCUGCGGUGAAUGUUGGCAGAGCUAGAGCGGUGUUUGUCAGACCAUGAGACAUCCCGAACAUCUGUGUUCUCAAGAAACGUCUGUAGCAUCUGAACGGUUUGACCUAUAAAAUAUUAUGGAAAGGGGAGACUCUCACGAACACGAUGGUGUUCUCCAUUUUGCUCUACGACCCCCACAAGGGUCAUGGGACUCGUCUGAAGAUAACCGGUACAGGAUUAAAAGUGGAAGUAUGAAGGUAGUUUUGUGCCCAAAAAAGGGGUUGAAUAUGUGUAAAUAAAAAUAAAUCUCCUAGAUAUAGGACAAACACUUCAAUGUGUUUCUCUGGGCUAUAGUAGUAAAGACCAAAUUCAAUAUUCUAUCAAAUCAUUUUUUUAAAUAUUUUUGUUUAUACCUAAAGGGGUCCUGAAAUUCAAAAUCAAAUAGCUAAAUGAUCCAUAAUAUGACCAUCUUAAAACAAUUCCAUAUGUCAGCUUAUAACCCCCCACGAGAGUUUAAGUGUCUUUGUGUAGAUGCUUUACAGACAGUGUGAUGUAUGUUGACGUGUUCUCUCUGUCUUCCCAUGUACCAGGUAUGCCCCUGAGUGUUUGGUCCACUGUAAGUUCUACCUGGCCUCUGAUGUCUGGUCCUUCGGUGUCACCAUGUACGAGCUGCUCACCUACUGUGAGACCGCCAUCAGCCCCAUGUCGGUCAGUACACACACACACACACACACACACACACUCAUGCAAGCACGUGCACGCACACACACACCUAGGCCUGGCAGCACAGCCUUCCAUUCCCUGAUUGAGGCAGGUGGCGCCAGUCUAUUCCCAGUGUGGCUAAUGACUCGCCAAGGGGCUCUGCCCACUCCUGCCAGCCUGUGCCAUCACACACACACACACCCCCCCCCCUUCCAACUCCCUGAUUGCUCAGACAAACUAUCCCAAUAUAUCCUCCCUAAUCCACACCAUGUAGCCAUGAUUAUUACAUAUCCAUUAAGGCUUAUUCAUACACUUUACCACAUUGUUCAAUUCACAGAAACUGGUAAACUCUCAUCUGAAUUGAUAGCUAAUAAAUUGCUAUUAUCAUCUUAUAUGUUGUAGUUGCCAACAUUAAGAGACUGCUUUUAAAUAGGUUCUAGAAUUGUAAAUGGAAUGCAGUGUUUUAGUUUUACUAUUUUCUUCGGAUUAUUGGUGACCUUGGCUUGGUCACCAUAACAAUACAUCAACAAUACAACUCUAUAGGGCUCCGUCGGGCCGCAAACAUGGGGUGAACCAUUCAUUCAAAAGAUUAGAAAUCACUUUUAAAAAACAGUGAUGUGUGAAAGAAAAGCCAAGGGUACAAGACUGUGUACAUACUGUACCAGAGUUAGGGGAGAAACAAACUACUCAUCCCAUGCAGCAUUGCGGUCUGUAUCGUCCAAUCACAGAGCAGAUACAAGCCACUGGAAUCGUUCCCAAAGAUGGUGGAUAAAUAAGGUUUACUCAGGCUGUUUACCUUUUUAAAAAAAUUGGGAAGGUUCCUGUCUGUGUAAGUGGCCGUUUCCUCUCUCGCGUGAGCAUGCUUUUCCUGCGUGCGCUCACGUUUCCUCAAUAAUAUCUGGCGCGAGAGGGAACAGCUACUUAUUGUCCCCUCCCGCUUGCCCUACCCGCCAGAAAAAAGGAGCCAGUGGGGGCACCCCCUCCGUGGAGUGGGGUGUCUUGCUUUCUCUACAGUCUCUGGUGUUCCUUGUAAUUUUUUUAAAACAUGGUAGUUGUUGGUUGGGCGAUGUGUUGUGUUUCCAAUUUAUGUUAGCUAGCUAAGUUACUAAACACCCCCAAAAAAUUAUAACAAAAAUAUAUAAUAAUUACCAUACACAGCACUAAAAUAAACCAUGAGUUCUGUUAGCGAACACAUGAUGGCACUCGAUAGCACUGUCACAGGCGCAAGUAGAAUUUGUUCUUUGCAUUAUAAUCUCCCAUAGGCAGGUCACAGUUGUCCAUAUUACGUGAGAUUUUACCUCUUGUUUAGAGUCGCGUUAGAACAGACCCAGGGUCUGUUUCUGUGGCAGCAGAAACACUAAGGCUCAUGGUUAGUGUAGUUUUUGGUGCUCUUUAAAACCAGGAAAUGGCUGUAAAAGCAUGACAUCUCAACACAGAGGUUGAAACAUUCAUAACCGAUGGGCACUACAUCAACAUAGGAAUUGUUUUGCGAUCUCGGAUGAAAACAGAACGUCUGUGUUGCACAGUAAUAUCGCUAUCACUAAUAUUUAAUAUCACGAUGAGUUACGAGGAUUGAAAAAUCCACUUCCCGAACCUCUCGUCAGAGCCCUCUGUCAGUCCUGUCUUCACUGGCUAGAUGGGAGGGGUCAUUUUGUUUCAUCAUGUUUCCAUGGCAUCUCAUCUCUGCUCCCCCUCCCCCCUCUUUGUCCCACAGGUGUUUCUGAAGAUUAUUGGUCCUACUCAAGGCCAGAUGACUGUGACGCGAUUGGUCAAUGUGCUGGAGGAGGGGAACAGGCUGCCCCGCCCUGAUAGUUGUCCUGGAACGGUAAGAUCUACCAGAGAUAUUAGAGAAAGGGGGAGAUAUGAAUCCCAUUGGGAAACAAAUGGAGGAACGUAUAACAACCCACCCAGCAGACUGUCGAUCCAAUCGCGUUCACGUUGUCAUGCUGCAUCACGCGGUUGCUAAGCUAAUCGUCACGCAAUCCCUUCUCAAAGUCAGGGAAUGAGUCGAGAAAAGUGCCUAUUUUCCUCGAAAGUACGUAACGUCACAAUUCCAAAACUAUACAAUAUUACAUAUAGCAAGUGAAUUAUCUUACAUCUGUGGCCUCCCGAGUGGCGGAGCGGUCUAAGGCACUGCAUCGCAAUUUAAAGGUAAUUUCCUAUUGAGCUGACAUAUGUAGCGUUUACCAUGAAUGCAGUCUCAGCUAACACGGGAACAUUGCCUUUAAAUCUCAAUCACGCUGUAACGCUGAACUUCCGCGAUAUGGAUUGAUAGAGCCCUAAAAUAAUUUGGCAAUACUAGAAAUUGCAUGACAAGAAAUCUUUGUGUGUAAUCUGACUGUGUGUGUGUGUUGCAGGUGUAUGAGCUGAUGAGGAAGUGCUGGGAGAGCACCCCCGAGAGGAGGAUCACUUUCAAGAGCCUCAUCGAUGAGUUCACCCGCAUGCUCGCCAACAACAGCCUG